GCAUGGCAGAUGUCGAGGUGACUGGGACACGUCGGAUAAGCAAUGCUGCUCGUCCGUCAUGUCGCCUUGCGGAACAAACAGUACGACCGCGAGGUCGUCCCGUAUCACAGGCGUAUCGCCUUGACGGUCGGAAAGAACGACCAUUAGUUCGUCUCCGAGCGCCUUCGCGCGAUCGUCGUGGCCCCCACUGCGCACGACAGACCUUCCGUCAGUCGCUGCGGCUCUGGGUGCGUUCAUGGCAGCACAGGGUACCCUGGACGGGCAGUUCUGCGCGUCCAGCGUAGCACCAUCGCCAGGUACCACCCGUAGGUUGUACCAGG